CUCUUCCUCCACGUACAUUUGGGCUCAACAAACGCGCUUUACUCAGCUUAUCGUCCCGGUUCAAUCCUGGACGUCCAGAAAACUCGUCACAGGACUUUCCCGUCACUACUUUGCAGGAGUAAAACACACUUUAUUAAGACUUCGUGCGCGCAAAAGUCGUCUUGGCGCACGUUGAGGAUUCUCCGCUUAGCUUAGCUUGCUAGCUAGCCGCUGACAAGGAGAAGCGUUUGUUAUUAGCGCGUCUUUAAACUGAGAUCAAGCCCGAGUGUAAAGUGUUUGGAUUAUCACGUGAAAAAUGUGUGACAAAAGUGUCAAGGAAGAGCAGUACGAGGAGGAACUUUGUGGCUUUAAAGAGGAGAACGAGCGACAGCGUCCAAGACGACUCGAAUCUGUUUUCGAGAGCCCUCGAGAUGUGUUGCACAGUGCAGAUGAAGAAUAUUUUCGUCCCAAGAAACAUGAGACAACAAAGUGUCACAUUAAGGAGGAAGGGGAAGAGGCCGAGCUCCUUAACAUUAAAGAAGAAGAGGAGGAGGGCACCACCAAGUUGCAAUUGACUGUGGUUGUUUUGAAGAGUGAAACUGAGGAGGAAGAUGAUCAAAGCGAGGAGAAUGUGGGGGCGGAGCCUAAGAGCGGCGGUGUGACAACACGAGGUGACGGAAACCACUGUGAAGAAUCACAAGCAGGUGGCCUCUUAGCGCCGCUAUCAGAUAGCGACGACUUAACGUCACACUGUUCUUUUGCUGCUGAUGAUGAUGAUGAUGGACAAUCUUCAACAGCUCACCCUGAAACAAAUACUGGAGAAAAAAACUUUGCCUGCUCAGUUUGUGGCCAAAUAUUUGCUUACAAGGGAUAUUUGACCGCUCACAUGCCAACGCACACCGAGGAGAAACCCUUUGCCUGCUCAGUUUGCGAUCAAAGAUUUGCUUGGAAGGGGCAUUUGAACUGUCACUUGCGAACACACACCGGGGAGAAACCGUUUGCCUGUUCAGUGUGCGAUCAAAAAUUCUCUGAAAAGGGAAACUUGAGAAAACACGCAAAAACCCACACUGGAGAGAAACCCUUUGCCUGCUCAAUUUGUGGUAAAAAAUUCUCUGAAAAUGGAAACUUGAGAAAACACACAAAAACCCACAAUGGCGAGAAACGUUUUAUCUGCUCAUUUUGCGGACAGAAAUUUUCUGAACGGGGAAACUUAAGAACACAUACAAGAACACACAUUGGAGAGAAGCUUUUUGCAUGCUCAGUCUGCGGUCAAAGAUUUGCCAGGAAAGGACAUUUGAACACACACACAAGAACGCACACCGGCGAGAAACCUUUUGUUUGCCCAUUUUGCGGUCAAUGUUUCUCUGUAAAGGCAAACUUAAAAACACACAUACGAACGCACACAGGGGAGAAACCUUUCUCCUGUUCAGUUUGUGGGAAAAGAUUUACUGAGAAAGGACAUUUGAACACACAUGCAAGAACACACACUGGGGAGAAACCUUUUGCCUGCUUAGUUUGCGGAAAAAUAUUCUCUCGUAAGGCAUAUUUAAACAUGCACAUGCGGACACACACUGGUGAGAAACCUUUUGUCUGCUCAGUUUGUGGCCAAACAUUUGCUCGUAAGGGACAUUUGAACACGCACACGAGAACACACACCGGUGAGAAACCUUUUACCUGCUCAUUUUGCGGUCAAUGUUUUUCCGUCAAGGCAAACUUAAAAACGCACACACGGACACACACUGGGGAAAAACCCUUUUCCUGUUCAAUUUGUGGUAAAAGAUUUACCGAGAGAGGACAUUUGAACACACACACAAGAACACACUCUGGGGAGAAACCUUUUGCCUGCCUAGUUUGUGGUAAAAUAUUUUCCCGGAAGGCAUCUCUAAACAUGCACACAAGAACACACACUGAAGAGAAAACGUUUUAGUUUUCUUUUUGUUGUUGUUAUUGUUGUCACUGUUAAAUAUAAUUAAUAGGUGUCCUAUUUCCCGUCAUGCCUUCCGACGGCCUCCAUCUUGUGUGUCAUAGAGGUCAGAGAACACAGGUGAUAGCUGAAGCGUGUAGUUUUUUUUCCAUCGUUAAUUUAUCCGAUUGGUCUAAAAGUUGUGACGUCGUAGAAAAAGGGAAUCCUGGGAUUGUGGUGACGUUAUGGGAAACCUAUCAAUUCUGUAUUUUCUAUAUGUGUGAAUGCAUUUUAAUUCCUUAAAGAAUGUAA